AUGUUCCGUCUCGCCGAACCCUACAUCGUCUGGACGGAUGGCGCCUGCCACAACAAUGGCCGUCAUGAUGCCGAAGGAGCUUAUGGCGUCUAUUCGGAGUCUGUGCUCAUCUCCAAGCGUCUCUGCGAUGUCUGCAUGCGCCCUCACACUAACAACAAGGCCGAACUCGUGGCUAUUCAAGCAGCUCUUCACAGCCUGCCCCCACGCAUCACAGCCGUCAUUGUACGCACCGACUCGGAGCUCUGCGUCAAUAUCAUCAACCGCUGGCACUUUGACUGGGUCAAGAAGGGUGGAGUCAACGCUCAGGGCAAGGUUCCUGCCAAUUGGACCUUGAUCUGCGACCUGAUGGAGAGGAUCCACCAGCUACGCAAUGAUGGUAUGUCCGUCGAGGUGGAGCACGUCAGGGGGCAUGCGGAUGAUUUUGGUAACCAGCAGGCGCACAUGCUUGCUCAACGAGCACUCAAGGCUUGA